GUAAACAACAACCUUUGGGCUGUGACUCCUCCUUCUUCCGACCCUACGUCUCCGCACACCAAGUAUUUGAUGAAUACUUCCUUCUCCCGAUUGUCACGACAGCCACUGCAUUACCUCAGACUCUGGCCAGUCCAUCCCAGAAGUAACAAGCAAACAAGGCGUCUCAAUUCUCAGGGCGCCUUUCCUCCUCGGACAUACAGAAUGGCGGCGGCAGAGUCUACCCUGGCCGAGACGCUCCGUGGCUUAAGCCUUACCACACCUUUGCCAAAAUAUCCCAAUUGCUACCCAGAGGUCAACCCUGUAGAUGUCUAUCGGUCGCAUCUCACCUCAAUUCUCACGGAGGUAACUGGUGUCGACGCUGCAAUCAUAUACCCCGCUCUGCAGUGGACCCAAACCUUGGAAAAGGGUGACUUGGUCUUGCCCAUUCCAGCUUUGCGAGUCAAAGGGAAAAAGCCAGCUGAACUCGCAGCAGAAUGGGUUGCGAAGUUCCCCGAAUCGCCUCUUGUGCAUAAGCCAACGGUUGCUGCCACAUUCCUGCAAUUCUUCUUCAAAGUCGACAAGCUUUCAGAAAUACUCAUUCCUUCAAUUCUCAAACAACAAACCUUCUUCGGGCAAAACCCGUAUCUUGGCUUGAAAGAUCCCGGAGAUUCGUCGAAGGGAAAAAAGAGAAUAAUCAUCGAGUUCUCGUCCCCAAAUAUUGCGAAGCCUUUCCAUGCUGGACAUCUUCGAAGUACAAUCAUUGGAGGCUUUCUGUCGAAUCUCUACGAGGGUGCUGGUUGGGAUGUUAUCCGGGUAAAUUAUCUUGGAGACUGGGGGAAACAAUAUGGACUGUUGGCUUUGGGAUUUGAGAAAUAUGGGAAUGAGGAAGCCUUACAAGUCGACCCCAUCAACCACCUGUACGAAAUUUACGUCAAGAUCAACAAAGACCUAACCGCGGAAAAGGAAGAAAUUGGAAAGCUGGAAGCUGAAGGAAAAGAUGCUUCACAUAUCAAGAAUGAGGGGCUUGAUGAGCAAGCUCGUCGAUACUUCAAGGCGAUGACGGAUAAUGAUGAGAAGGCAAUUGCCCAAUGGGCUCGAUUCAGGGAUCUGAGUAUCAAGAGAUACAAGGAGACAUACGCUCGAUUAAAUAUUCACUUCGAUGACUACUCCGGUGAGAGUCAAGUGAAACAAGAGCGAAUGGACUUUGCAGCCGAUAAGAUGGCUAAGAUGAGCGUCUCAGAGGUAUCAGAAGGAGCCGUUAUUGUCGAUUUUAGCAAACAUUUCCCAGGAAAAGCCGGCAAGAGUCUCGAGCGCCCAAUCAUUAAGAAGAAAGACGGAACAGCCCUAUAUCUUACCCGAGACAUCAGCGAAAUGAUGCAGCGAGACGAUAAGUAUCACUUUGAUAAGAUGAUGUACGUGGUAGCCUCAGCACAGGAUCUUCACUUGAAGCAAUUAUUCGCAAUUAUCGGAUUGAUGGGCUAUCCUGAGCUGGCAGCCAAGUGUCAACAUAUCAACUUCGGUCUAGUUCUUGGAAUGAGCACCCGAAAAGGAACCGUCAAGUUCUUGGACGAUAUCUUGCGGGAUGUCGGCGAGAAGAUGCACGAAGUGAUGCAGAAAAACCAGGCCAAGUACGAACAAGUCGAGAAUCCUCUCGCGACUGCAGAUAUCCUUGGUAUCAGCAGUGUAAUGGUCCAAGAUAUGAGCGGAAAGCGAAUCAACAACUACGAAUUCAACAUGGAGGCUAUGACCUCCUUCGAAGGCGACACAGGUCCCUACCUGCAAUACGCCCACGCCCGUCUCUGCUCCAUCACUCGCCGGGCAGGCCUCACACCCGCCGAAAUCGCCACGGCGAACCUCUCUCUUCUUACCGAAUCACAUGCCCAAAAUCUUAUCCGUGUGAUCUCCCAAUACCCAGACGUGGUUCAAAAUACGCUGAAGACGCUGGAGCCGACAACGAUAUUGACGUAUCUGUUCAAGAUGACCCAUACUCUAAGCAGCAGUUACGACCAUUUGCGGAUUGUGGGCAGUGAGAGGGAGCUCAUGUUGGCCCGGAUGGCGCUGUAUGAUGCGGCUAGAGUAGUGCUGAAUAACGGGAUGCGGUUACUGGGUUUGACGCCCGUUGAUAGAAUGUGAUAUCUCAAUCUUUCCAGGUAGAGCUCUUGGGGGGCAGGGAUACAUGCAUUGAUGGAGGGAAUAAGGCUUUUAAGGCGUUGCAAAAGCAGACUAGAGUUAUGCACACCUAGCAGCUAGAUACCGAGAAAAGCAUCAACAUUGUCGAUUAUGUUUGCAGCAUAUGCUAUGAUAUCCUAGAACUCAACAUGUCAGCCUUUGGAGGCAAAAAUCAAAAGCGUUAUUUCGUUUUCGAACGCACCUUUCGUGUGCAGUUCAAGCAUUAUUUUGAACAGCGGGGUGUUAGGUGUGGUCAAUAUCUCUUCUUUGUUCCCACUUGGC